CUUUCUUUCUUUGUUUGUCUAUGUUAAUUUGGCUGAAAAAUGGCUGCCGCAAAUUUAGUUCGAAGUGCUUUUAAUGGUUUAUUACGAAAAUCUAUAACCUAUAGAACACCGGUAGUAUGCCGACUUUCAACUGUAGUAUUGCAGCAAAAAUUCCAAACAGUUAAAACUUUCACUACCUUACACAAUGAUCAGAUAUUGCGGAACGAGGUGCAAAGCCAGCGAAUACGGCAAUACUCUGGUGCGCAGACUAAACUUUCGCCGCAGCAAAUUGAGGAGCGGGUCAUGAAAGUGUGCAGGGCUUACGACAAACUGAGUGUCAGUCAGCUAAAAGUGGACUCUCACUUCAUGACCGACUUGGGCUUAGACUCACUAGACCAUGUUGAGGUUAUCAUGGCGAUGGAAGAUGAAUUUGGCUUUGAAAUUCCUGAUGGUGAUGCGGAGAGGCUGGUUAGACCAAAGGACAUAGUCCAAUAUAUUGCUGACAAAGAGGAUAUCUAUGAAUAAAAUGUGCUGAUUUCAACUAAAGCCACUCAAUUUAUUGGCUU